UUUCCUCUCAUCUUCUCUCCUUUUAACUUCCUCUUCUAAAAUCAUAUCUCACAAAUAGAUACAAAACAUGCCAUCAUCCGAGCCUCUCAUCCUACCUUUCUCCUCUUCCAUCAUCAUCGUCUUCAUCUUCACCUUCUUCCUUCUACAAGGAAGAGCUAAAUCCAUAGACCAACGUUUCGAAGCUUGCGCCCCUCAAAGCUGCGGAAAUCACAUAAGCAUAAGCUUCCCUUUCUGGAUCGAUCCACAACCAUCCUACUGCGGCUACCCGGGCUUCAAACUAAGCUGCAAGAACAACGAGACCGUCCUCAAGAUUUCAGAUGACGACGAUGGUUACUAUAUUCGUGAAAUCUUUUACAACAACAAAUCUUUGUCGGUCGUUAAUGAAGAAUACUUAAAAGGCCCUUGUUCCCUUCCCAUUCAUAAUCUCACGUUCACAAGAACAGGUGAUCGGUUGAAUGUUAGUGCUCUCAACGCCCAACUCAACUUCUAUUACAAUUGCACUGCUUUGCAACCUGGAGAAUAUGGAGUUUCACCGCUUUCUUGCAUCUCCAACAACACCCAUAAUUUGUUUACCAUGGUUGAUUACUACGGAUCGUUGAAU